AGUUCGCUUCAACGUCUUCCAGCGAUCGGUCGUUUCACCGCUCUUUCCACCGGGUGCUGAACGGUAACCCUUUUUAGUUUACUCGCAAGUGUAGGCCAACCGCGGGCCUCGAAGAAAGUAGUGAGCUGUUUGCCAUAACUGUUCCGCGUUCCGAAUCUUCUUGCUCAUUUCCUUUCGCCUACUUCGAUUGCCUUCUUCUGCGAGACCGUCGUGUGCAUCGCAGCAAGCGUUGUUGAUUUUAUUGAUUCAAAGAGACGAAGAAAAGGUGCUGCCCCCUACUUCGGGUUUUGUGUGUGAAUCGUGAGCCGAAGAAAAAGAAAGUUCCCAAAGCUCUUAAAUCAAGUUGUGGUGUUUGUGGUUGCUACGUUGUCAUCUCCAGUCCAAUCGGAAAUAAAGGUUAUAGGAGCCGUUUCUGGGCGAAGAAAGUGGUUUCUGUUUUGUUGGAAUAUUUUUUUUUGCAUUGCAUUGCUUGAUAAGCCGAAACACGCGCAGGAAAAUGGCAAUUCAGAUGAACGACAUGCUGUACGAGAAUCCGCUGGAUCACUUUCUGACGCUGUUUGUGGAUUUCUUUAUCUUCUUCUGCAAAUCGAUCUACUACACUUUGGAGACCUGCGUGCUAUCCUGUAUUCCCUAUCGAUUCCGGAAGCUGAAGGAUGUCUCCGGCCAAGUGGUACUAAUCACCGGAGGAGGCGGCGGAGUGGGGCGAAUUUUGGCGCAGAACUUUGCCAGACUCCGAACCCGAGUCGUCAUUUGGGAUAUUAAUAAGGAUGCACUGAGAGGCACCGCCGACGAACUGGAAGCCGAGGGUUUCUUCUGCCACACCUAUCUGGUGGACAUCUCCGAUCGGGAGCAGGUGUACGAGGUGGCCAAGAAGGUCAAGCAGGAGGUCGGCAACGUGGACAUCCUCAUCAACAAUGCCGGAAUCGUCGCCUGCCGGACUCUGUGGGAUCUGUCGGACAAAGCCAUCGAGAGCACCUACGCCGUGAACAUCUUGUCCCACUAUUGGACGACGCGAGCUUUCCUACCGGAAAUGAUGAACUCCAACAAGGGGCACAUCGUAACAGUUGGAUCCGUUGCUGGACUGCUCGGAACGUACGGAUGUACCGAUUACAGUGCCACCAAGUUCGCUUGCGUCGGAUUCCACGAGGCGCUUUUUACUGAAUUGAGGACCCAUGGCUACGACAACAUCCACCUGACGUUGGUCUGCCCGUACUACAUCAACACCGGAAUGUUUGCCGGCUGCAAACCGCGGCUGUUGCCCAUGCUCGAACCCAAACACGUUGCCGACAGUAUGGUCAAGUCUAUCCUGAAGAACGAAGUUAACUGCACCCUGCCGGACAGCGUACGUGUCUUCUUGCCCCUGAAAUGCCUCCUGCCGGCCAAGGUCUGCUGGGAGAUGAUGAGCCGCAUCAUGAAGGGACCCCAGACGAUGAUGGGAUUCCGCGGACGGGGUAAGGCCACUGCUGGCUAAGGGGGGAACGAUGGGGACUUUGUUCUUUCCCUAAAUAAAUUAUUACCUAUGGCUGCUACUUAAAGAUUCGCGGGAUUCUUCGGCUCGAACGCAGACGAAGAUGCUCAAAGUUUUAUUUCGAUUUUUUUAUAAAAUUAUUUAUAAUAUCGACUCAAAAAGAAGAUUUUUUCUAGUAAUACAGAGUUUUAUCUUUUAUGCAGAAGAAACAAUCUAAAAUAUUAUUUACCGACAUUCUAGAGAGUAAGGCGUACUGUAACUACUUUAAAAUUUAAA